AAUCAUCGUCAGUUUCACUCUGUCAUGACAACCAACACGUACGAUAGUUGGGGCAGCGCCGCCGAGCGCUUCGCGGACGGCUCAAUCUGCCUGGGCAUCGACCUAGGCACCACCAACUCAUGUACACUACGCUAAUGCACCUUUCUUUCCAUAAUCCUCGUCUUUUAACUUCUAAACCUUCUCUAUAGGCGUGGGAAUGUGGUAUGUGGACCGUAACCACGUUAAAAUCCUCAAGAAUAGUCUAGAUCGCGGCCGUACGACGCCGUCUGUGGUGCGUUUUGACCCUAAGAGUCAAAGCGUAGACGUCGGCAAUGUAGCCGUUGGUCUGGAGACCUCAGAGCCCGUGGGGAACACCAUCCGCUCAGUUAAGAGACUGAUGGGACAGAGAUUCGAGAACAAAGCUGUAGACGUGGCCAGGAUCUACGCCUCCUAUGAGGUGGCACCCACAGCUCAAGGAAACGUUGCAGUUCAAGUAGUCCGAGGCCACAAAAAGGUGCAGGUACAGCCCGAGGAGGUCUCUGCUUGUGUAUUAAGAGAGCUUAAAGCCUCGGCUGAGGCCUAUUUCGACGGCCAGACCAAGCUGGACAAUGUGGUGAUUACGGUACCGGCGUAUUUUAGUGACGCACAGAGAAGAGCAACUAUUACCAGUGCUUCAAUGGCUGGGUUUAAGGCUGUGAGGUUGCUGAACGAGCCUACAGCGGCGGCUAUGGCGUACGGACUGUUCCUGUCGGGUACUAAGCUCGUGACGGUGUUUGAUUUUGGAGGAGGAACGCUGGAUGUGUCACUACUGAGUAUUCAGGAUGGCAAGUUCGAGGUGCUGGGGAUUGGAGGCGAUACAAACUUGGGCGGAGAGGACAUCAAUAAUACUCUACUGGACCAUUUACUGGACGUGCUGUACAAGCGUCAUAAUGUGACGCGUGCGCAAGUUGAGCAAGGAGAUAUGGUGAGAGUAAAACGAGAAGUGGAGAAGGCGAAGAUAGAGCUGUCGGAGCAAGAAUCUGCAGAUAUUACCGUGUAUGAAAUCGCCGGAGUGUCGACGUUCAAGUACACACUAACGCGGCGCAAGUUUGAGCAGCUUUGCGACCCCAUCUGGAAAAAGUGUCUUCGUAUCGUGGCGAGUGUGCUGAAACACGCAGAAGUGGAUGCUGCCGACAUCGACGAAGUAAUCUUAGUGGGAGGAUCCACUCGGAUUCCGGUAUUGCGCACCAAGAUCUCCGAGGCUUUCAACGGCAAAGAACUCUGCAAGUCCGUGAACGCUGACGAAGUGGUGUGUGAGGGAGCUGCUAUCCAGGCUGCUAUCUUGAGUGGAAUGGACCAGCGUGUAUUCCGUGACGUGCUCAUGAUGGACGUCCUUCCACUGCCAAUUGGAUUGGAGACGGCGGAUGGUACCAUGGAGGUGAUUCUUCCUAGAAAUGCGCGCAUCCCGACGACGGUGACGAAAUAUUUCCAGACAUAUGAGGAUGAUCAGCGUGGACUCACUGUUGAGGUCUAUGAGGGUGAGAAGGAGAUCGCCAAGGAGAAUGACCACAUCUGCUACUUCAACUUCGCACUACCUCGAGACAAGAUCGGCAAGGCGGGAGAGUUUGCGCAUCCCGUCACCUUUACGAUGAAUGCUAGUGGGAUUCUGCAAGUGCAGGCUGGAGUUCAUCAUGAUUCCGAAGAAGCUCCCAUGUCGAAAGCCGCCAUCUUCCUCAUGGGGGCUUACAUCCUCGCGCUCUUUGGUUUCUACGUGUUCUUCCGAAUCUACUUUUCUGACGAGAGGGACAUCACGGCAUGAUAGAUUACGGCUCCACUUGUUUCAGAUAGAGUUGGUAGUGGAUACUAUAAUCUCAAGCAGCAUUUUGCCCUACGUAUCUGCCCACAAGAAUUGAGAUGCAUGAUCAUUCUGUAAGAAUAGAUCGUCAAAAGCGGAAUGUUAAGACGUAUAGAGGUCGCGAU